AUGGAGGUGGUUUUACUGACAAUUUUAUGCGUAACUUAUGAUUACGUAUAUUUAAAGAUUUUAUUGGAUGAUCUCCCCUCAGUCGUAAUUACAAACACUCAAAACUAUCUACUAUCUACUGCAUGUCGCCUACUGGAUCUUAAUGAUAAUGAAAUAAGAAAAUGGAUCCAUCUGAUUUUCCAAAAACUUUGCAGACGCAUACCCACUCAAUGUAUUUUGGACUUUCUUAUUCCCCAACUCGGAUGUCGAAAUCCAAAUAUCAGACGAAACUCGCUUGAUGUUUUAACAAUCAUUUUAUUAACUUCCGAAACAGCAAAAUUUGAAAUAAGAUUAGUUCUUGAGAAAGUUCUUUUAAAUCUAUUUGAUUCUAAUCAAACAGUUCUGAAAGCCGCUCUAGAAUGUAUUGUAUCAAUUUUUACUCAAAAAUAUGUCACAGAACGUCAGAUUCUUGAUUAUUUGUCUACCAUCAUGCCCCUUUCAAGUGAUGUCAAAAUCAGAUCUGCGGCUCUUCUACGAUUGCGAAAUCGAAUAAGACUAAGACUUCCUCCGACGAUUGGAUCUGAUGGUCUCCUAACUUAUGAUUCGGAUGUACCCGACCUAGAAGAACUUUCUAGAGCAACUUUUGAAUAUCGAGAAGAAAACCCCAGUGAAAUUAAUUCAAAUUGUACGUCGAGUGGACUACGACGAUGCCACUCAGCUAUGUCAUUUGAAACGAGGGACAGUGAGGGACGAGCAAGUUUCUCCCAGAUUGCGGAAUCAAUUAUGAAAAUAAAAUUCUCUGCUUCAAAGCGUCUUGACUCCUUGCGAAGUCGAAUUUCGCAAUUAAGGAAUGGAGACGAUUCACCCUGCGCUAUGCGCUCGUUAAAGAUUUUGGGUACAUUGGAGAAGACGAGGACUUGGUCGAAGGAGAAUCAGGCAAUAUUUCCUCGAAAAAAUCCCCUUCGCUUAUCAAUGAAUGUUGAAUCCACUGUUACAACCCGAAUGAGCAGUGGUUAUGCAUCUGAGGAAGUUAAUCCAAUUUCCAGCGCUAAUUACGAUACAGAGAUAACUUCGGAACUGCUUCAAACUGAAAACAGGCGUGAUAUAGUUCCUCAAAUGACUCCAUCUUUAAUGCCUGUCUCAGCAAUUGGAAAGCAGAUUCGGCCACGUCUAAGAAAAUCAUUACAGACACGACCCAAGCGAUCAAGCACAGUUCAUUGGUCAAAUCGAGUCACUCAUUGUGUCAGUAUGGAUGCAAGAGGUGCAGUAGAAGAUUUGAAUUCGACUCAAUGGGAGAAACAAUUUGGCGCCCUGCAAUAUUUGGGCGGGUUCUUAACUUCAGGCGCGCAGCCAGUUCACCACGAGCUUCGUGGCUGGUCUUCCGAUCGCGUUCAGAAACUCUGCAACGGCCUUGUCUCCGCUGCAACCUGCUUAAGAUCUCAGGUCUAUAAACAUUUUGUUUCAAGAAUGGCGAUCGAGAGAAUAAAGUCCGCCGUACGCCUUCUGACCCCAGCCCAACUCGAACCAGCCAUCCGCUCCCUCUUCUUCGGUCUGAUUGGUCGAGUGGGUGGCGACACAAGCACAGCCUUUCUUCGAACCGCCGCGAAUGAAGCAAUCGAUGAAUUGGUUGAUCGCGCUCCCCCUCACCCUCUAAUUCUCUGUCUCAACGAUGCUUGUCAUUCACCAACUGCAAAGAGUGCUACUGGUCGAAGAUGUUUGGUGAGGUGUUAUGCAGCUGCACUACCUCGUCUCCUAAUGCUGAAUACUUGUCCGGCAAAGGGUGAAAGACCAUCAGCCUUGUCUCGAAAGCACCAGGAUACUUUUAAUAAGAUGCUACCGCAUCUAGCUACAUUUCUAAAGGACGGGGACUUUGAAACAAGAAACAAUGGAAAGAAAAUCGUUCGAAUGCUUUUGACCAUCAGAGAUUUUGAAGCUCAUCUCAAAGUCACUUUAAACGACCACAAUCUCAAAGCUUUCACUGAGGUUCUUGAUACGAUCUCUAAUCGAAGGAAGGAUCCCCGAGUAAAUGGCAUUUUCUCCACCCUCCGAAUUCCUAGUCGAACUAGCCUUCUUCCACGUCGUUCAACUAACAAACGAAAUAAUAGCCAGCCACCACCUAGGGGAAGAGAUGCUUCUUCAACACCGCCGAAUUCUGAACUGGCAUCAUCGAUAUCUAAAACUCCCCUGUCAGGUCGACCUAAACUACAGGAGGUGGUCUCCUCUCAGAAAGUUAUUUGGCAGGACCGUCUGUGCAGUCUCCUUGAACUAAGUGCUCAGCUGAGAAGGCCAGAAAUUUAUGAUGACAUACCAACAGCUGAGCUGGUGAAUACGGUGUCUACGUUGCUCCAAGAUGAAAAUGAACUGGUCACUUCUACAGCAUUGAAGUUGUGUCUGGAUGCUAGACUGUUGGAUUCGAGAAGAGGUCGAUGUAAACCUCCUGAGGAUAAAUUCUGUCCGGGCCUCCUUUCACUACUCUGUGAGAAGGAGGACACGGAGGGAUUUACAAAUGUUUUGGCCCUCAUCUACAAACAGCUUACUAACACCGAUGCUCUCAUUUGCACUUUGUCACGAAAAUGUCUGGAUGAGACGAGGCGUAUUUUGGGUAAGCUAUUUAACAGUGAAAUUGACUUUUUGUCUCAUUAUCCCAACUCGGGCUAUAUUCUCCCAUUGCCAAUGCUUUUCCAUCCCAUUCUUGAUCUCAAUUCUUCUCACAGCUACUUGAUCUCUAAUCAUACAUUCCGUGUAUGGAUGUCUGAUAUAGUUGAUCUUCUCACCUGGGAAAAAACGCUGUUUCCAUUGACAUUGAGGAAGGCCACUGGAGCCGAAGCUCUCGUAAAGCCUCUCCUGCAUGCCAUUCAAUCAGAACCCACUCGAAGCAGUACACAUCUAGUUCACGAAUUGUGCGAUAUCACUGCAGACUUGGAUGCAGAUUCCCCACUAAUUGGACGGUAUCUCCUUCCCGCGGCUGCUCACUUGCAUCGUCGGAUCUCUGUUCAGGGUAGAGAUCCCGAAGGUGAGGAGAGUGUGGCCGUGGGUACAUUCACCAAGUGUUUGAUUAACUUGGCUGGAGAAGAAGCCCUCUGUAGUCAGAGUCUGAUUAUGAACGACUUUGGCCUGAACAUUCAAAGCUUUCUUACUUCCUCAUAA